CCGGCCCAAACUUGGCAGAACGAUACCUCCACUCUCAACAGUCGCAGACCAAGAUGUCUGUACACUACCGAAGCAUAAUCAGCGAGACGGAUCCGCUCUAUCAACCUGUCUCCCAAGACGAAUCGCAUGAGCCCGCUGACCUGCAGCUGGGGCAAGAGGACGAGGUCUUGGCCGAGGAGUUUAUCGCCCAAGAGCAUGCAGUCACCCACGAUCACCGAAUAGGCUGGAUACACUUCAUUCUGGGCUGCGCAGUUCUCCUGCCGUGGAAUGUCUUAAUUACAGCUUCGCCGUACUUCCUUUCGAGAGUCGCCGGCUCGUCUCUGAAGGAUACAUUCAGCUCGUAUCUGUCAACAACAUUUACCGUUGCCAACUUCGCCUUUCUUGCUCACGCUACUGCGACAGAAAGGCAGUCCACCAACUCAAGAAGAGCGCUGCUAUCGAUAGCUGCAUUGACCAUCCUCACCUUCAUGCUCAUUCUAAGCACUUACUUUCACCCUUCAGCUAGAGCGUUCUUCGCUUUUGCAAUGCUCAACGCAAUCGCUCAAGCUGCCGCAGGGUCUUACCUGCAGACGUCUAUCAUUGCAGUCGCUUCUCUAUUUGGGCCUACUGCCCUACAGGCUCUCAUGUCUGGACAGGCGGCCAUCGCAGUCGCGGUUAGCGGGGUUGAAGUUGUCAGUGCCGCGAUAUCACUGCACAAUCCGCCAGCUCCAGGAAUAGUUGUGGAGUCGGAACCGGAGGAAAACUCCGCCUUCUUCUUCUUCGCCUUCUCUACACUGUUCUACCUGGUCAGCGCAUGGGCCCAUAUACAACUUACUCGCCUUCCCGCAUAUCAUGAUCUCAUGGGCCGCUUUAGUCAGGCUUCACACCAGACCACCGCUUCUGAGUCGACUCGUGAAGAGAAGAAAAGCCAGAUUGUCCGGACUUUCAAAGCUAACAUGAUCUUUAACUUUUCCGUCGCAUACGUGUUCAUCACCACACUGUCAGUGUUUCCGCCCAUCACAAUCUCUGUGCAGUCGACGAACUCUGAGAUGCAUCCACUACUCUUCAUCGCCGUCCACUUCUUCGUCUUCAACGUCGGAGACUUCUUCGGUCGUUACAUCUGCCAAUUCGAACGUGUCCUCGUCUGGUCUUCCAAACGAAUCUUGCUCAUGUCUUUGGCUCGCACCUUCUUCAUCCCGAUCUUCCUAAUGUGCAACAUCCAAAGGUCUUCGACUAGCGGACCGUCCACAGCAAUUAUCAGCUCGGAUGUCCUCUUCAUGCUGAUUCUUGUCGCAUUUGGCAUGACCAAUGGCUAUGUCUCUAGUCUCUGCAUGAUGGCCGCUCCUUCGGUAGAGCAUAAUCCUCGUCUCAAGGGCAGAGUGGAGGAUGUUGACGUUGCAGCAAAUGUUGCCAGCUUCUGCUUGGUGGGGGGCUUGGCAGUCGGGAGCUUCGGGAGCUUUGCGGUUCGGGCAGCAGUUUGUGGAUGUAAUCCCUUCAUUGGAUGACAUUGUCUAGCACGUUCUUGGACUUUUAGACCAUGGCCGACUUUCGCCUGAUUAUUCGAUUCUGUGUAUAUUACGUGCCGAUGCGUAUACUCUAAUGCCUCAAUGUCCCAGAGGCAAGCUCAAGAUCAGCGACAUGAUCACGGCGUCGAUUAGGUCAAAAGACAACGCGGCCGCAUAAGAGCGCAUGUUAAGCUCGUUUGUGGCUGGAGUUUCGGGGGAAUUCGCUGAACUCAAAAGCAGCCCGCGAUGCCGGAACGGAACAAGCCAGCAUUCUGUGAGACAUAUUCUUUCUACGUCAUGAGCCCGGACGAUAACGGGGAAUCAGCAAAUGGAGACGAAGUUUGUCAUCGAACCCAACCGAAGACGCUUCUACAAGCCGUGUAAUCCGGCGGGAGAUCU